AUGGCGUCGCUUCGACGGCAAUUGAUAUCCAUUGGUGAGGAUGAGGAAGAAGAGGUACCAAUGUUCAAGGUGAAGAAAACUCGCCUUAGCCGUCAGAUGGCAGCGACGAAGGCCCCGGCAGAUCUGAACAGCUUCCGGCGCUCUUCCAAGCCCAAGGGCUUGCGCUCAAAGGUCGAGGAAGACAAAGAGGAGCCUCCUGAACCUCCCGCCCCUCAGGCAGUUCAGGCCCCGGAGCCAGAACCUCUGAGCGAGCCCAUAGAGCCUGUGGACAAAGAUUCCGAGGAUGAGGCCGACGGAGAAGAGUCCAAGGCAGUCCUGGCUGCGCGCCUUGCAAGGGCCCAGCGCGCUGCGGCUCGCGAGCUCGGAGCCCCUGCCCCGCGAGCCGGGCGGUACACAGCCAUGACAGGCCCACCUGCCAAACCAGCAGCGGCGCCUGUGCCGGCGAACAACGCGACCAGCGAACGUAUCAAGGCCCUGGCUCAAGCCGCCCAGAAGGAACUCAACGAGGGCGAAGAGGAGGAUGCUCCAGAUGCCUGGGCUUUGCGGCAACUGGAGCUGGGCCUCCACCGUCGCAGGGGUGGAGAGGCGGCGGAAGUCACAGAGACCUCGUUGGACGAGGAAAUUGCGAAGUUGAGCAGCAGAGAUGGUGUUGCGCAGGUCCGCAAGGCUGCCGAACGGGUGGCUAAAGGCCAUGAUGGAGAGGCUGCCAUACGUGCAAAGGCAAGUGUCAUCCCUGCAGCUUCCGAGGCGAUGGCCAGGCUCUGGGGGACGAUCAAGGGCCUUGAAGGCUCGGCCGGGGAUCGCGAAGCGAAGCUGGCAGAGCUUACGGCACAGGCUGAGGCUGCCAGUGACGAGCUGGCAGAAAUCGAGCGGCGGGACAAGGAGAUCUCGCGCAUGCUUCGGAGCGUCCAGGAGCUCGAGGAGCUAGCCUGGUCCCUUGGAGGGCUCUUGGAUGAGAAGUCACCCAAGUGCAAGCAGGCCUCGCGAAUGCUGGCACAGAUUGAGGAAGACUUUUCCCGCCGGCGAACCAAGCGACGGGCCAAGGACAUGGCAGAAGCUUUGCAGGAGACUGGGGCCAGCUUGACAUACCGACAAGAAGAAGAGGAAGCCGAAGAAGGAAGCGACGUCGAGAAGUCGGAGCAGGCCUCAGCACGCCGACGCCAGCGUCGCUCGCAGAGAAAAGGAGAUGAUGGCUGGGACACCUCAGACCUCAGCGAGGAGGAUGGUCUGGAGCAAACCAGGAAAGAUCGCUCCAUUUUCUCCACUGCCGUGCAGAAGCAGUUGCUGGAUGACGUGUCUGAAGAGUUUGCCAGCGCAAGAUCUGUUCUGAAGGCUCUGAAGUCCGCGAAGAAGAAGCUGCAGGACGAGUACCGCCAGGCUUUCGUCCACUUGGCUUUGCCAGAGGUCUUCGGCUUCUUCGUUGACUUUUCCACCUUGUGGUGGGACCCUUUGCGUCUUCUGGCCCGCGCUGAUGACGUGACUUUCGGACCACGGAAGGCGAUCACAUCAACACAGCUGGAGACGUUCGACUGGUUUGAGGACAUGGCUGCCUUCACGGAACUCUUAGGCGACGAUGACCCCGACGGGGAGUUGGUGCCAAAGAUCGUGCAGCAGUGCAUCUUCCCCGAGGUGGCACGGCGCCUGCGCCAUUGCUGGGACGUGACUUCGAUGCCCCAGAGCCAGCGUGCAUCAGCUUUGCUGGAUGAAUGUUUACUUUUCGAGGUCGGCGAAGCGUCGGAAGCCUUCGGCGAGUUGGCCGAGGCGGCUGUCGAGCGGCUGCGCGCCGGACUGCAGACCUUGGCACCCGAAGUCUUCGUACAAUCAGCUCAGGUCACCACUUGGUACGCCUCUGCUGCUCGAAAGCGUUUGCUCCGGCGGAGCUGCAAGAUUGCCGCAUGCGCUGUGCAACUGGAAGGGCGCAUUCCGGAUGAGAAGCUUGCGCCGAUUCUCCUGCAAGACAUAUUCACGACCCGUAUAGCACCGCACCUUCAGGCCCCUCGGCUUAGACCAGAGGAGAUGGACCUCGUGGAGAGAUUUGUGGAUGCACUCCCAGACAGGUGGUUCGAGAAUGGCCUGCCCCAGGCCUUGAGACCACUUCGAGACGUUCUAGGACCUCGGGCUCCACCCAACGCCGAAGCCACUAAAUCUGCAGCCGCCGCAGCACUUCGGAAGAUGCGCUGUUACGACGAGGCCCAAGCGCUUGAGCUUUGA